AUGGCAUUCGCGCGCGGCGACACCGGGAGCGGCGGCGCUGGGAUGGGGCGGAGCGGCGCGGCGCUGCGCCUGGCGCUGGAGGGCAACAUCGCCGUGGGCAAAUCGACGUUCCUGCGGCUGCUGGGCCGCGCCUUCCCCGCCUGGCAGCGGGCGGCAGAGCCGGUGGCGCGCUGGCGGGAGGUGGCGGCGGGCGCGGCGGAGGGCGGUAAUCUCCUGCAGCGGCUGUACCGCGACCCGGCGCGCUGGGCCUUCACCUUUCAGACCUUCUCGUGCCUGGGCCGCCUGCAGGCGCAGCUCGAGCGGCCGGAAGGCCCCGUGCGGGUCUCUGAGCGCUCCGUGUACAGCGACAGGUAUGUGUUCGCCAAGAGCCUGUUCGAGGGCGGGCAGCUGGACGCUCUGGAGUGGGCCGUCUACCAGGAGUGGCACACGUUCCUCGUGGGGCAGCUGGGCGCGCACACCGCCCCGCACGCGUUCCUCUAUCUCCGCGCCUCCCCGCAGAGAUGCCUGGAGCGGCUGCGGUGCCGGGCGAGGCCGGAGGAGCGCGACGUGACCCUGCGGUACCUGCAGCAGCUCCACGUGCAGCACGAGCGGUGGUUGCUGGAGCGCAGCGCCGAGGUGCAUUUCGCAGAGGUGAGGCACGCACCUGUCCUGGUGCUGGACGUCGAAGGGGACUUUGAGCACGAUGCGGCUGCGCAGGACGCGCUGAUGGCACGGGUGGAGGAUUUCGUGAAGGCGCUGCGAGACGGAGCUCCACCACAACAACCGAGUCCAAAUGAGCCCCCUGGCCACGAGGAUGGGCACACGGCUGGCACCGCUGCUGGGCCCUGAGCUGCACUCCCUGCAGCAGCACUGUGGGUAUCCACGAGGCCGCUGGGAGCUGCAGCCCUACACGUGCCACAGAUCCCCCCCCACAUCUGUUCUGCAGCACAGGGUGAACAUGCUUGGGUCCAUUCCAAUGGAAAGCAAACACAAAAAGCCAAGAAAAAAAAACAAAGCAAAAA